AUGUUUGGGAUUCAGGAAAAUAUACCCAGAGGCGGGACGACCAUGAAAGAGGAGCCGCUGGGCAGUGGCAUGAACCCGGUCCGCUCGUGGAUGCACACCGCGGGGGUGGUGGAUGCCAACACGGCCGCCCAGAGCGGCGUGGGGCUGGCUCGGGCGCAUUUCGAGAAACAGCCGCCUUCCAAUCUCAGAAAAUCCAAUUUUUUCCACUUCGUCUUAGCUCUGUACGACAGGCAGGGGCAGCCCGUGGAGAUCGAGCGCACGGCUUUUGUGGACUUUGUGGAGAAAGAGAAAGAGCCAAACAAUGAGAAAACUAACAAUGGGAUUCAUUACAAACUUCAGUUAUUGUACAGCAACGGAGUUAGAACAGAACAGGAUUUGUACGUGCGCCUAAUAGAUUCAAUGACCAAACAGGCCAUCGUGUACGAGGGGCAGGACAAGAACCCCGAGAUGUGCCGGGUGCUGCUCACCCACGAGAUCAUGUGCAGCCGAUGCUGUGACAAGAAGAGUUGCGGCAACAGAAACGAAACCCCCUCCGACCCCGUUAUCAUUGACAGAUUCUUUCUAAAGUUUUUCCUCAAGUGCAAUCAGAACUGUUUGAAGAAUGCAGGCAACCCACGAGAUAUGCGGAGAUUCCAGGUUGUUGUAUCAACAACAGUCAAUGUGGAUGGCCACGUUCUGGCUGUCUCAGACAACAUGUUUGUACACAACAAUUCCAAACAUGGAAGGCGGGCUCGCCGCCUUGACCCCUCAGAAGCUACUCCGUGCAUAAAGGCCAUCAGUCCUAGUGAAGGCUGGACUACUGGUGGGGCUACUGUCAUCAUAAUCGGAGACAACUUCUUUGAUGGCUUGCAAGUCGUGUUUGGGACUAUGUUGGUCUGGAGUGAGCUGAUAACGCCCCACGCCAUCAGAGUCCAGACGCCGCCACGGCACAUUCCAGGGGUGGUUGAAGUAACCCUGUCCUACAAAUCCAAACAGUUCUGCAAAGGUGCUCCAGGCCGGUUUGUCUACACGGCACUUAAUGAACCGACCAUAGAUUAUGGCUUUCAGAGGUUGCAGAAAGUUAUUCCACGACAUCCAGGUGAUCCCGAAAGGUUACCAAAGGAAGUAUUACUUAAGAGAGCAGCAGACCUUGUUGAAGCCCUAUACGGGAUGCCCCAUAACAACCAGGAAAUAAUCCUGAAAAGAGCAGCUGACAUUGCCGAAGCAUUGUACAGCGUGCCCCGCAAUCACAACCAGAUUCCCACUCUAGCCAACACUCCUGCUCACACUGGCAUGAUGGGGGUGAACUCGUUCAGCAGCCAGCUAGCAGUCAAUGUCUCGGAAACAUCACAAGCCAACGACCAAGUAGGUUACAGUCGCAACACAAGCAGUGUUUCCCCGCGAGGAUACGUUCCGAGCAGUACUCCUCAGCAGUCCAAUUACAACACAGUCAGCAAUAGCAUGAAUGGAUAUGGCAAUGCCGGCAUGCCCAAUCUAGGUGUACCAGGUUCCCCUGGAUUUCUUAAUGGCUCCUCAGCUAACUCUCCUUAUGGCAUGAAACAAAAGAGCGCCUUCGCUCCCGUUGUCAGGCCCCAAGCCUCUCCUCCACCGUCUUGCACCAGUGCAAAUGGAAACGGACUUCAAGAGUGCUGGCAGAGCACGCUCCUGUCUGCUUGCCGCCAACCUCCGAGACAUAGCCUCUGUGUCUCAGCAUCAUCUGGAUACAGACCAAGAUGACGGACCCUUACUGAUCUGAACUCAAAAGAGUAG